UAAAAACUGUCCUGGGUUUUCUUCGAUCAUCUCGAAUCCUCCAGUGUUUUUUUCCCCUCUUGGGUUCAUGGAGCCAUGGAUUAUGUGGAGAGAAGGCAACGGAUGAAGGCCGACGCAGCGGAUUCUGAUGAUAUCUCGGCGUCGAUUGCCGAUUUAGAUGAGUACGAGGUGAAGGAGAGGUUGGGGGGUGAAGCGCCGUUCACGGAGGUGUGGAGGGCGGUGCAUCGGUCCAGUAGGCAGGACGUGGCGGUUAAGCGGGUUCAGCUCUCGGGGAUCACUAGAAACCUCAGGGAAUGCUUAGAAUGCGAGCUCAGCUUCCUUGCCAGUGUUCGGCACCCAAACAUUAUCAAGCUCUUCGAAGUUAUUCGGGGAAAUGGGUGUAUAUUUCUUGUGUUAGAAUUCUGUGCUGGAGGAGAUUUAGCUGCUUACAUUAAGCAACAUGGAAGACUACAUGAACCUAUUGUCAGAAAGUUUAUGAUACAGCUUGGAUCUGGAUUGAGUGUUUUGCAUUCUAAUCAUAUCAUCCAUAGGGACUUAAAACCUGAGAAUAUACUUCUUUCUACUCCUACAAGUGAUGCGGUUCUCAAGAUUGCAGAUUUUGGCUUAUCUAGAGUUGUACACCCUGGUGAAUUUGCUGAUGCUGUUUGUGGUUCUCCAUUAUACAUGGCUCCUGAGGUCAUGCAAUUUCAGAAGUAUGAUAAUAAGGUGGACAUGUGGAGUGUUGGAGCUAUUUUGUUUGAGCUUUUAAAUGGAUACCCUCCUUUUCGUGGUAAAAAUAACGUUCAGCUUCUGAAGAGCAUACGAGAUAGCACAUCAUUACCUUUCUCGGAGUUCAUUCUUCCCAGCCUUCAUUCUGAUUCGAUUGAUAUAUGCAGGCGGCUUCUAUGCAAGAAUCCAGUAUCCCGCUUGUCCUUUGAUGAAUUCUUUAAGCACAACUUUUUCAAAUGAUGGAGAAAAAUGUUCGAAAGUUGUUCAGAUGGGAAAGUAACCAAUCGUGCAUAUUACCUUUAGUUCUAUUAUAUAGAUUUCAGUGUUUGUCGACAAUUAGAUGAACACUAUGUGAUUAUGAUCUGUUCAUAAGCACAUUCCUUCUUUAUUAAUAAAAUUCCUUUUCAUUGUACUGUA